AGCAAAGGUACAGGCAAUACCACCACCAAAUGCAAGUAGUGAUAUCUACGUUCGAGGAAGCGGCAGGGUUUGGCUCAGCCAAAUCAUACACUGCCCUUGCCCUAAAGACCAUAUCCAAGCAAUUCCGGUGCCUAAAAGACGCGAUCUCUUCGCAAAUCAAAGCCGCGAGCAAAAGCUUGGGAGAAGAAGAGUGCUUGGGAGUGAAGAUUGAGGGUUCGAGAUUGAGGUACGUCGACCACCACCUUCGGCAGCAAAGGGCUUUGCAGCAGCUCGGAAUGAUUCAGCACAACGCUUGGAGGCCCCAGAGAGGCUUGCCGGAACGCGCUGUUUCGGUUCUUCGUGCAUGGCUCUUUGAGCACUUCCUUCACCCUUACCCGAAGACUGCAGACAAAGUCAUACUUGCUAAACAAACUGGGCUUACUCGAAGCCAAGUCUCGAACUGGUUCAUAAAUGCCCGAGUUCGCCUGUGGAAGCCAAUGGUUGAAGAAAUGUACAUGGAAGAGACCAAAGAACAAGAGCGAAAUAACGGUUCUACUUCUCAAUCAGGCCAAACAAAGAAAACAGAACCCAACGAGGAACCAUCAUCAGCUAAUAUAACAUCAACAUCUCAAGUUCAUGACAUGAUGAAUGCCUUCCAAUCAUCAAAACCCGAUCAAAACUUUGCGACAGAAUUCCCGAAUUCUCCACUGUCGACGUCUCCGAUGCCCGGAUCCUUCCAUUUCGGAACGACGGAGAUUCAAGCAAUUAGUCCAAAGAAACAAAGGAGUACCACUACUCCUACUACUUCGGAAGUACUCAACUCUCCGAGUAGCAUUCUCUCAAUGGACAAUAUGGACAUGUGUAGAGAUCAGAUGAAUCAUCAAAGGCAACGUAAGUAUAACACGGUCGGAUUCGGUGCAUACCCGGUUGGCGAUUUAGGAAGGUUUCACUUAUCGGCGGAUCAUCAUCAUCAUCAGUUAGCUCCGAGGUUCCAUGGAAAUGGUGUUUCUCUCACUCUCGGUCUUCCACACUGCGAAAACCACUCUCUCUCUAACCAGAAUAUUAUCGAUCCAUCGGGAACGAGACUCGACAACAGUAUUGGAACAGGGUCAGAAAGUACUGGUAAUUACGACAACAUGGACAUGCAAAGCAGAAAGAGGUUUGUUGCUCAAUUGUUGCCAGAUUUUGUGGCCUGAAGAAAGAGAUAGAGAAUAUAUAU